AGGCCACAUGCUGACCCACCCAACUGCAGUUCUUUUGUACAGUGUCAUUGGGACAGCAGCCAAAUAGGAAAACCGCCCACCUGCCCUGGAAGCUGACAAACUGGUUGUUGCACACAGACAAGCUGCCUGCAGGUGCAGAUAAAGGCACCAGACAGAGCGCUGAGUUUGGAAAGCUGCAAUAAAAGGCUUCAGCGAGCAUGGUCAGAGAAUCAGGAACAGAACAGAUGAGGUGGCUGUAACACAGAGCCAGGAUAUUUUUACAGAACAUAGAAUCUUUUUAAUGUCAAUGGGAGGAAAACUUUACUGAUGAAGGUGCUUUCUGAAGAAAGAAAGAGACGGAGAAUGAUGGUCUCUGAGAAGUACCGACUGGGAGCAUCUUUAUGUUCAUAGACUGCAGAAUGCUCCUAUCAAGUGACUUAUACUCCAGUUUGAGGUAUUUGAGCAGUGGUGUCCAUCUCAAAUAAAUGAAGUUAAGGUACCUGCUCCCAGCAUCAAACAACAUCUCCAAUCAACACAGACAAAAGCAUCAUCUUGCCUGAUGAUGUGCACUGGGCCACAGCAAAUCGGAGCGUAGUGAAGAUUGUGACAGAUCAAAUGAGAAGCAUCUAAACUUCCUUUCUCCUUCCUUGCUCUUGUGCAGAAGCAUUGCAAUGAAAUCAUUAGCUGGGUGGCCUAUCUGCUGCAGAUGAGGUGGCAGUGAAAGACACUUUGCCUGCCUUGGAAGCUUAGAGAAGGCUGUCAGGAGAAAGCUUUCAGAAGUGGCUAGAAUUCAGAAUUACAUGUUGGUAGGAGAUCUGGCUGACGGUGACAGUGUGGGAGUCUGAGGUUUCCCCUGCUGCGUUGGGCCACGGAGAGUAAAGCACCUGUGGAGGCUGAUCCCAAUGGCAGCAUGGUGCUGCUCAAAAAGGAGCCGGAAAUGGAGCCAAGAGGCCAGUGGAGUAAUAAAAUGGAGUUUAUGCUCUCCAUGGCUGGGGAGAUCAUCGGCCUGGGCAAUGUCUGGAGAUUCCCUUAUCUCUGUUACAAAAAUGGAGGUGGUGCCUUCUUUAUCCCCUACCUCAUCUUCCUCUUCACCUGUGGGAUCCCAGUGUUCUUCCUGGAGACAGCGCUAGGGCAGUACACCAGCCAGGGAGGGGUCACCGCCUGGCGGAAGAUCUGCCCUCUCUUUGAAGGAAUUGGAUACGCCUCACAAAUCAUCGAAUCCUAUCUGAAUAUCUACUACAUUGUCAUCCUGUCCUGGGCUAUCUUCUACCUGUUCAGCUCCUUUACUGCUGUGCUUCCCUGGGCCACCUGUAAUAAUCCUUGGAACUCAGAUCGCUGCGUGGACUUUCUGAAUCACUCUAACAUGGAGAACUGGACAGCGCCUGCUAAUGCCACCUCCCCCGUUACUGAGUUCUGGGAGAAGCGAGUCCUGGGACUCACAGACGGUAUUCACAAUCUGGGCACUGUGCGCUGGGAGCUGGCUCUCUGCCUCCUGUUCGCUUGGGUCAUCUGCUACUUCUGCAUCUGGAAGGGAGUCAAGUCCACAGGCAAAGUUGUUUACUUCACUGCCACAUUUCCCUACUUGAUGCUUUUUAUCUUGCUGAUUCGAGGGGUCACCCUGCCUGGUGCUGCUGAGGGGAUCACGUUCUACCUGAAGCCAGACAUUUCCAGGCUUGCAGACCCACAGGUGUGGAUGGAUGCAGGCACUCAGAUCUUCUUCUCUUAUGCUAUCUGCCAGGGGUGCCUGACAGCUUUGGGCAGCUACAACAAGUACAAUAACAACUGUUACAGGGACUGCUUCAUGCUAUGUUUCCUGAAUAGUGCCACCAGUUUUGUGGCCGGCUUUGCUAUCUUCUCUGUGCUGGGCUUCAUGGCACAAGAACAGGGUGUGCCCAUUUCAGAAGUGGCUGAGUCAGGUCCGGGCCUAGCAUUCAUUGCAUAUCCAAAGGCUGUAACGAUGAUGCCUGUGUCUCAGCUCUGGUCCUGCCUAUUCUUUCUUAUGCUGAUCUUCCUGGGACUAGACAGCGAGUUCGUCUGUGUUGAGAGCCUGGUGACGGCCAUUGUCGACAUGUACCCAAAAGUUCUCCAGAGGAAAGGGCACCGGGAGCUACUGAUCCUGGCCAUUGCAGUCACAUGCUACCUGCUUGGGCUGAUGCUAGUCACUGAGGGUGGAAUGUACGUCUUCCAGCUGUUUGAUUAUUAUGCUGCCAGUGGUACAUGCCUACUGUUCCUGGCCAUCUUUGAAGCCAUCUGUGUUGGCUGGGUGUAUGGUGCGGACCGUUUCUAUGACAACAUCGAGGACAUGAUUGGUUAUCGGCCGUGGCCACUGGUUAAGAUGUGUUGGCAGGUUGUCACCCCUGGUGUUUGCCUGGCGACCUUCCUAUUUUCACUGAUCAAGUACACCCCCCUCAAAUACAACAACUGGUACAUGUACCCUCUGUGGGGUUACACUCUGGGCUGGUUGAUGGCUCUCUCUUCCAUGAUCUGCAUUCCACUCUACAUCAUUUUCAUUCUGCUGAAAACCAGGGGAUCACUAAAGAAGAGGCUAAAGCAACUCACUUCCCCAGCGGAGGACUUGCCUCAGCCAAAGAAGCAACGGGCUAGCGUGUCUGAACCAUUGGAGAGCCCCAAAGCAGAAUACAGGAUCUCAUCCCCAUCAGCCAAGGAAGUGCUCAUAAUCACAGAGAAGGAAACCCACUUGUAAAGCAUAUGGGAAUGGAUUUCGCCUUUGCGUUCUGGAGUGAUUCCCCCUCUUUAUCCUGAGGUAGCUUCUCUUCACACCUGGGACAAUGCACUCUUCAUUUCUCCCCUGCACACCUGAGGCAGAGCCAUCCUAGUCAGUGACUCUGGGACAUCCUUCUCCCUCCCCAAGUUUAUCAGGUAGUUGACUAUACAGACUUGGGACGGCAGUUCUUUUAACACCCCUGAGACAGCUCUCUCCUUCUGCACCUGGGGAAGAGCAGUGUGACUUCACCAGAGGCACUUUAGAGCCCUGACACUGAAAAAAGGAACAAUAGAUAUAAAAUAAUGGGGAAAGGGAAUUGCAAAGAGUAGAGAGGUUGAGAAGUAAAGUCAGGAAGGUAAAGGCACAAAAUGAGUGGGUGUGAGCAAAAGGAACAAGUUAAAUGGUUUAUAAGUACAUAAAAAGCAGGAGGCUGACAAAGGAAAGUGCACAGGUAGGUCACCUACAUACCAGGGAGAGAGAGCCCAUCACAUACUAAAGAGGCUGCAGUGCUGAGUAGCUCUUUGGCUUCAGCUGUCACUCUAAGGGUGAGUGACAAGAUACUUAACAUAAUCAUAGUUAAUGAGGAAAGAGAGAGACCAGACUCAGGAUGGAACAGGCUGAAGGAUAUCUGGGUAACUUGCACUAAUUCAAAUCAAUAUGCGCCAGUGAAAUUCAUCCUAAAGAGCAUGAGGCUAGCAGAGAGCUGGCGAUCCUUUUGGGGAGAACCUGGAGUGCAGGGGAGGUCCCACAAUACUGGUCAAGAGUAAACAUAGCACACAGGGGCCAAAAGGGGCUCCAGGAAUUACACACGAGAAAGCUUAACUGCAUUGCCUGCAGCUGGCUAGAAGAAUCAACAGAGAUGUCAAUAGGCCUGUUUCCCUGCUACGCUGCACUUUGUGGUGUCAUUUACACCAGGGCAAGUGAUACCACAUCAGAAUGGUGCUUUUUACACCACUUUGCCCUGGUGUAAAUGACUGCACAUAGUGCAAUCAGGCUCAAAACCUGAGCGCCUCCAGGCAAAUACAUGAUAAAUAGUAAGGCAACGAAUAGCCAAGAUGAGUUAAUCAGAAAAAAGUAAUGCCAAGGUAUCUUAAUCUCUUUCUUUGACAGGAUAAUGCCCAAAAGAAAUGCAGAGACAGGGCCGUCCUUAGGAUUUAUGGGGUCCUACGCAGUAUUAUUAAACUGGUGCCCCUAUGCCUGACUUGGGGCACAGCCACCACCCCGGCCCGCGGACACCCAGAACCACACCCUCUCCCCAUUGCUGAUACACACCGAGCUUCAUACGCAGCAGAUGCUGCAGCAGCCCGUGCUUGCAGCCUCGGGGGGAGGGAUGAGGCAGCAAAGGAUACCAAGUGGCCCAGGCUGCCUCAUGGUGGCGGACAGGCAGUUUCCUGCCCUGUACACUCUCUCUUACACAGAAUGUGCCGCGCCGGUCGGCUCUGUGAAUACGGACCCUGCCUAAGGAGACUGCAGCACAUGCUGGGUGUGUGGGAACCGACCCUCUCUUACUGCUGUCCUGGUGAUGCCCCAAAUUUUUGGGUGCCCUACGCAGUCACAUAUGCCUCAGGAUGGCCCUGAGGAGACUGGAGGUAUUUCAACUUGAAUAAGGCAUUAGAUAGAGUUUCACAUGACAGUCUCCUAUGGAGACUAUAAUAAUAAUAAUAAUUAAUAGGAGAUAUACCUAUCUCCUAGAACUGGAAGGGACCUUGGAAGCAUCAAGUCCAGCCCCCUGCCUUCACUAGCAGGGCCAAGUACUGAUUUUGCCCCAGAUCCCUAAGUGGCCCCUUCAAGUAUUGAGCUUAUAACCCUGGGUUUAGCAGGCCAAUGCUCAAACCACUGAGCUAUCCCUUCCCCUUGACUGAAUUAAAAUGGAACAACUAUAAACUGAAAUGCCAAAAACUACAUCAAUGUAUAUCAAAGCUGCACAGUUUUAACUUCAGCUUUUCCUGUGAUUGUAAGGGCCCAUCAGCCAUAUCACCUCAGCUCCAUGGCACGUAUAUUGGUACAUAGACUGUGUGACAUAAUAGCAGCCUACUGAACUGAAGCACACACUGAACCAGAAAAAGAAGAGGAGCAAAUACUACACACUGUGGGACUGGUUCUCCAUUGCACUGCACUUUGUGAGUAUGUCUACACUGCAGCUGGGAGCUCACAGCCCAUGGGGAGAGACCUGGUGUUGGUGGGGGUGAAAGUAGUGUGCUAAAAAUAGCAGUGUGGUCAUUGCUGUGCUGGCGGAGGCUCAGGCUAGCCAGCCCAGCUUGGAUCCUGUUUCAUUCCUGUCCAAGCAUGGCUGGCUAGCCUGAGUCUCUGCCUAUGCAGCAAGAUCCACACUGCGAUUUUUAAUGCUCUAACUUGAGUCCCACUAGCGUGAGGUCUGCCUGGGAGGUUCACUCCCAGCAACAAUGUAGACAUAAGGAGGAGGAAAAGAGGAGACUAAGGGGGGAUAUGAUAGAGGUAUAUAAAAUCAUGAGUGAUGUAAAGAAAGUGGAUAAGGAAAAGUUAUUUACUUAUUCCCAUAAUACAAGAACUAGGGGUCACCAAAUGAAAUUAAUAGGCAGCAGGUUUAAAACAAAUAAAAGGAAGUUCUUUUUCACACAGCGCAUAGUCAACUUGUGGAACUCCUUACCUGAGGAGGUUGUGAAGGCUGGGACUAUAACAAUAUUUAAAAGGGAACUGGAUAAAUUCAUGGUGGCUAAGUCCAUAAAUGGCUUUUAGCCAGGAAGGGUAAAGAAUGGUGUCCCUAGCCUCUGUUUGUCAGAGGGUGGAGAUGGAUGGCAGCAGAGAGGCACUUGAUCAUUGCCUGUUAGCUUCACUUCCUCUGGGGCACCUGGCAUUGGCCACGGUCGGUAGACAGAUACUGGGCUAGAUGGACCUUUAUUCUGACCCGGUACGGCUGUUCUUAUGUUCUUAUAACCUGGGUGGUCAUUGACACCUGUGCUGAGUGGGCGUAAAACACUAACACUGAGGAACGUGAGUGGAAAAUCCAUGUCUCUUGUGUGCAAUACAGUAGUAUUUAGAUUGCUGUUGAGGGAUUAGCUUUUGCUCUUCUUGUGAAUGUCACUGUGCAGGUUUAUUGCUGAAUUAGCACAGUUUUUUGUGUUUAGUUUCCUUUCCUUUAAAAAAAAGAAAGAAAGAAAGAAAGAGAUUGCUGGUGCAAGUAAUAUUUAAAUGGCCCCAGUUAAGUGUCAACAUUCACACUUCAUGGAAGUGAAUGGUUGAAAGAUGGGAAAUUUGGUUGGAGACAAUUUUUGGCGAGUCUGGGUGGAUAGCAGGCCAGCGUCGCAUCUGGUUCAUUGCAAAAGUGCAGCCAUCGCAAAGAAAACAGUUUUUUUUUUAAAAAGAAACUUUAGAAUGAGCAGAAGGCAACAAAGUUGUGGAAUGGCCUGAAAAUUAUGAGAUGAAUUGUUUCCUGUGUUCAUUAUUUUCUCCUUCCCUUGUGUUAAUACUGAUGUGGCUUUUACUUGGAGGGUUGCUGUGUGAGUUUCAAUAAGACAAACGUUGCCUCAGACAAUGUUCCUCCUACAGAUUGCCCUAGCAACAGCCUGAAUGCAGCAGCUGUGGCCAGCCUGGAAGUCUGUGCAAAUGUGCAAUGUAAAGGCAGCAGAGCUUUAUAAGACUGCUAAAAUUUGAGCAGAUGCCCACUGAGCAUGCUCAGAAGUGAACUUUUCAAUUGCUUAUAACUGCUCUAUAAUUUCCACUACAACCUCUCUCCCGCUCCCGCCCCAAGAGGAGCACAAGUGCUCACAGGAUUAGGCCGAUUUUGUUUUUUAAUUCCAAGUUUUAGGCUUCAGCAGUUUUUCUCGCAUCCUUGCUCAAAAAAGUGUGGUACAGUGUUAGAGGGGGAGUGUGUAUUUUAAUCUCUCUCCAGUAAUUCAAGUGGCAGAAGGAGAAGGUUGGUUUUGUAGCUCAGGCACUGGAGUAAGACUCAGGCUAUUGGAGUUCACUUCCAGGCUGUGACACAGACUCCUGUGUCCAGGGGCAAGUCACUUAAAGUUUCUGUGCUUCAUUUUGUAAAAUACUAGAGAUAAUAAUACUUACAACCUCCCUGAUACAUUGGGAGGAUAAAUUCAUUCGUGUUUGUGAGGUGCUCAGAUCUGAUGGUGAGGGGGCUGUAGAAACACUUCAUAAAUGAUAAUCUUUGCACAGAGGCUAAGGGUCAGUUUCUGAUCUGAGACUUGUUGGCAUAAGUGUGGGGCUGUAUUAACAAAAAUAUCACCUACAAGGAAAUAAUUUUCCUCUACUCACCAGUAGGUGGACCUUGGUGCAUCACUUUUAUAUUCAAGCAGCUCCAGUUUAAGAAAUUAGAAGCUGAAAUGAAAAUCGUGAAAAUGAUCUCUCUUGUGUUCAAAUAAAAUUUUGAUUUUUUUGUAUUAAAACCAAAAA